CCAUGAUAUGGUUCUGACGUACUUUCCGUCAUGUGCAUGAGAAAUAUCAUUUACUCUCAUUUUUAAAGCCAGGUAAUUGCCUGAAACCCCCUACGACUUUUAUCACUAGUACCAGCCACUUUGAAAAACUAUACUUCAUCAUAAUGUCCGUAAAUGACCGUUCUGUCGGAGGCGCUGUCGGUGUCGAUACCUAUCCUGGUGUCGCGAAUCCGACAUCAUCCUCUGAUACCAGCAAUCCUAUGGUAAACAACUUUGUCACAGACCCGACGUCGGAGGAGCGCGGUGCUGGCGCAGGAGCAAAUUUUGAAGGCGACAGACAAGCAGCCCGAAACUUUAGUCAGACGUCCGGUGUUGUCGAGGGCAGGCCUGGUGUUAUCGAAUCCUCAAACAUCCAUCCAUUGAACGAGAAUUCGAAUAAGGAUGAUGGAUGGGCAAAUGCCACCAAACAGCCAGGUCGCACAACGGAAAACUUUACUUCCACUGCAGCAUCUAAGGUUACAGAUGUAGCUAACAAAGCAUACGAGAUGGUUGCAGGGCAGAACAAGUAAGGAUGUUUUGGAAGGCAUGAAAUUUCAAUGGGCAUAACUGUACCUUCACGAAGAAAAUAGCUGUUUUACCGUACCCUUUUCCAUAUUAGUUUUAUCUUGUAUUGUAUAUGUAUCAUUUUGAAGAUCCUUCUUUACCACAAAA